UGGAUUGGACUGCUGAGUGGACCCUUCGUCCUAUCGCUUCUUAUAACAGGGGGACUGGAGCCGGAGACAGUUAACUAGAAUGCCAGAGGAGAUGGCAGACGGCGGGAGAAAGCUUCUAACGCUCGACGACCUCAUCGAUGCCUUGGAUAAGCGCGAGAGAGCGCCGAACAAUGUCCCGAAGGUUGAUACAUUCAAUUUCAAAGGGGAGCGGGUGUCCGACUGGCUAGACCUGGUUGAGCAACCACUGGCAGGAUUGGCGGAUGAAGUAAAAUUUCAGCGGAUUAUGAGAUACGUCUUUCAUAGCCACCAUCAGGAGGUGGGUAGGGUGGUGGACGCCGCAAAUGGCAGCUGGGCAAGGUUCAGGGAGUUGAUGCUAAGAAAGUACAGGCUGGGGGAUGGCUUGUUGACCAUGGCGGACUUGGAAGCCAUGAACAAAGAUGACUUCUCCACGAUCCGGGCGUUCGUGCACGAGUUUAAGAAGAAGGCGAGGAAGGUGCACGAGAUUUCUGAAGAGACGCAGUGUGCCAUAUUUUUGGGUUUGCUUACUGGCACGGAGGCCGCAGAAUUGACAAGCUACGGAGGGGGAAGUGAGAAGCUCACCUGGGCCACUAUUGAUAAAGGAGUGGAAGAGGGGAGUCUGGACCAGGUGGAGCAGCACCAGAUGCGGCUGCAGAGGCGCAAGAGAAAGGAAAGGGAUGCCACCGCAUCUGGGACCCCAGGGGUAAAGAGGAUCGUCACGGACGUGCUGGCGGCAUUGGGGUAUGAUAAUGAGGCGGAAGUGCAGAAUAGAGGGGUGACCGUGGCCCAAGGCCGGGCAUCAGGGGCAAUGGAUGAGGAGGUUGGGCGUGAGGACUAUGGCGGAGAAGAGACGGGUCAGUUUGUGGCCCAACUGCCGCCCUCCCAACAAGCCUCGCAGGCUAGUGUGGCUGGGGGAGGAAACCAAGGGCAAGGUGGCCAAGGCAAUGGAGGCCGAGGCCAAGGGGGUCAAGGAGGCGGCGGCCGGGGUCGAGGAAGAAAUGGUGGGGGUCGCGGAGGUGGUUGGAAUGGCCAAGGGGGCCAGAACCAAGGUGGCCAGGAGGGGGGCCAGGGAUAUGGGAGGCCCCGCUUUGAUUGGCGGAGCGCCACCUGUUGGCAUUGUGGCGCCGUAGGACCCACCAUACGAUUCUGCCAACAGCGGCGGGAUGAUGAGCUGGCAGGGUUAAUCUCCUCUUGUAUGAAUGGGGACAUAUACGGUAAGUGGGGGAAGCAUAUUGACCCCAAGAUCCUGGGAGGGAUCAGGCAAGAGGCCCUUAGGCGAGCGGCGGCAGGGUCACCAGUGACCCCGACCAUGUUCAGGAUGUGGCAGGAGAGAGAAGAUCCGGCCAUAAGAGUCGAGGAGAUUGUGGGGGAUAGCGAGGAGGUUACUCAACGACUAAAGGCAGGGGCUAUAAGGGAGGAGCCCAUAGUCGUUGAUUCAGAUGACGAGAGACAUGAAGGUGAAAGAGAGUCGGCUAUAGUCAUUCUGGAGAAGAUGGAGGAUUUGCUGGAAAAGAUGGGGAGGUACCAGUGGAAGUUGCAGGCCUUGUGUGAAGAAACCCGAGAAUGGAAGGCCAACCUGCCUGAAGUCUUCCUUUAUGACUCUGGGCUUGAACCGUCAUCAGGGCAACAGGGUUGCCUUAGAGUUGCGACCGUAGGGACGGGCCCUAGGUCGGGUAUGACCUACAGGCCCCUCACGUCGCAUGGAAGAGUGCCGCAAGCAGCACGGACCAAGAACCAAAAUAAGGCCAGACCUAGCCUACAGCCCAGCCAGGCGCCCAGUCAGGCACCCCCUCGAAAGGAGCCUGACCCAGAACGCCAGAAGGAGGUGGUGGAGGUUCCGGAGGAAGAGGAAGAGGAUGACGACGAAGAGGAUGAGAGGCUCCGGCAAGAGGAGGACCGGCGGACGGAGCUGAGGGCCAGGAAGAGAGGAGCCCAAGAGGAGGCCGAGCCAAGCCUGCCUGACAGCGUACCUAAGAGGAAGAAGUACGCAGUUCGGAUGGAAGAAGGCUUUGACGUGGAGCGAAUGGUGGACAGGCUCUUGGAAGGCCAUAAUGACCUGAUGAACUUGAAGGACAUCUUGGCAUCAACGCCAAGACUUCGUGGUGAACUAAAAGGAGGACUCUCGCGAAGGUUGGUGCCUAAUGUCCAUCUGAGUACGAUCCUGCCUAGAGAGGUGGAGUGGACUGAGGCAGGGAAAAUGAUGGAUUGGAAGUGUAUGGUGUGCGGGCAGGUGGAUCUGGUGAUAAAGAAUCGGAAGUGCACCGGGAUGGUGGACACGGGCGUGGAGAUGAACAUCAUCAGGGAGAAGGAAGCGUUAAUGUUGGGAAUGAAGAUUGAUCGUUUGGAUCACGGUAUGCUGCACGACGCCAACUGCAAGGCCGCUUUUUGCGGCACGGCGUCCAACGUGAUCAUAAAGAUUGGGAAGGUGAGGGCAAGGACUUGUUUCUUCGUCAUGCCCGAUGUCGAUCAUUCCAUUCUUCUGGCGCGGUCAUUCCUGUGCCGAACUGAGAUGUUGAUCUUCAAUAAGCACGACGGGACGAUGAUCCUGCUCCUAUGUGACCCGGCGUGCGGGAACUAUGAAGUUAUCACUUGCCGAAACACGGGGCCGGGGAGCAGAAGGAAUAGGCCUAAUCUCGGCUCGUUCACCUUUGAGGAGUUGGAGAACGAGCGAAGGACGCUUUGGGAAGUGCCCGAGGAGGAGGAAAGGGCCGAGGUGCUGCCACUGAGCCUUACAGAUGUGAAUAAGGCUGUGGAAGUGGUGUCAACACAGGAUAUGACGAAUCCUGAGGCCAUCAAGGCGCUGAGGGAGCAGGUUCUGGAGAACCCUCAGGUGGGAGAAGUGGAGUUGGUCAAUCGGCUUUCAGGCGGCAGGGGAGGUCCGGCAAUGGCACUGGCACAAAUGGCAAGCCGACCUUUUUUAGGGGACGGCUUAAGCAGGGCUCCCAAAGGCGGUACAAGACAGAGAGAGCCCUAUUUGGUGGGAUUGAUGAAGAAAAGACACCGCUCGUAUGCUUUCAAUGACGACCAGCGUGGGAGGUUGGAUGUGGACAAGAUUCCAAUGAUCCGGAUCCAUACGGUCCCACAUGAACCAUGGAAUCUAAGAGGCGCGCGGUACCCCAAUCCGGACGAGGAGAAGAUGGUGGUGGACUACUUGGACGGCAAGAUGCGCACGCACGUUGCCGACUACUCCAGCGGGCCGUACGCCUCGCCCUGGUUUUGCUUUAUCAAGCCGAAUGGGACGUUGCGGUGGGUGCAGGAUUUGCAGCGGCUGAAUGCCGUAACAGUGCGGGAUGCAGGAGGGUUGCCAAACGCGGAUGCACUGUCAGAGUCGUGCGUGGGGAGGCCUGUAAUUUCGCUUAUAGACCUCUACUCUGGGUAUGACCAAUUUCCUGUGCAUGAUGUGAAGAAGACAGACAAAAUCGUGGAAUGGUCGGGUACCCUUUCGCUCGAUAACAGACGUAAGGAGCUUCCUUGGCACGUGCGGGUUCUGGAGAAGCUUUGCUUUGCCGCCAAGACGGAGCACUUAAGGAAAUUAGUACGCCAGGAUCAGGAAUGGGUUUGGGGUGAAGACCAGGAAGAGGCUGUGGGGCGAAUGAAGACAGAGUUCAAAGAAGGAGGUCUGGUGUUGGGGGCGCCGAACUAUGACGUCAAUGAGGAGAAGUCGUUUAUCAUUGAAAUGGAUGCUGGACCUACUGCCUUGGGAGGAGUCUUGGUUCAGGCGGAUGCCGAAGGAAAGGAGAGGCAGUUGAGGUUCCAGAGUACACACAGUCUGGUGGAGGAAGUGAGGACAAUAGAGGAAGGCCCCACUCAGGUAGAGGAGCAUGAACAACUAAUGGGAGAGAUGUAUCUGCUCACUAAUACGCUUCUGCAGGGAGACUUUGACCAGAGGAGCUCCUUUGGUCAUAUGGGAAGUGGGGACUUCGUCCCAGAAAGUCAGGAUGAUGAGUUCGAAGAAGGAGAGAUCAAGGAAGCCCUCUGUGCAGAAGAGUACGACGGGAUCUAUCUGGAGUUGGGGCUACUCCUUUCCUGCGAAAUGAGGGAUAAAGACGCAAGUGCCAAAGCGCAGAAGAUGAGGCACCUUUACACGAAGACUGGCCCAGUUUUGGCAAAUUGCAUUGAGGAGUAUUACUUACGCUAUCCCUUUGUCAAGGAGUUCGUGAUGGACCGAGGAUCGGAGUUCACUUGUAAUGAGGUGCGAACCUUGCUCGCAGGGUAUGGCAUAGUGGCUAACUAUACUACGACCGCGCAUCCUCAAGCGAACGCUCCGGUGGAGAGGGGGUACAGUACCAUCACAAACCUCUUGGCUAAAUGGACAGAGGGCAAGCCUGGUCAGUGGCCGAAGUUCCUGCGAGCGGCUUUCUUCGUAAAAAAUAUCACGGUGAAGAGGACUACCAAGUACGCACCAGCCACACUAUGGUACGGAAGACAUGCCACAUUUCUCAUAGAGAGUUUCUUGAAGACGUGGAGGCGCCAAGACUUGGAAGUGAACCUAUCCUUCGAAGAACUACUCGAUAUCCGAGCGCGGCAAGUUGGGGCUGCCGAGGAAAGGCUGCGAGAGGCCGCUGGUCAGGUAGAGAGGAAUCGCAUGGAGGACAAGAUGAGAUGGGACCAGAUGGCACGAGUAAGGAAGGAGCCAUUGGCAGUAGGGGAUGUCGUAUUACUGUACGACUCCUCCCUGGAUAAGCAAUGGUCGAGGAAGCUCGACAAGAGAUGGAUGGGGCCCUAUAAAGUCUUGAGGUGUGGUGAGUUUGGAGCCUAUCAGAUCAAGGAGUUGGAUGGGACAGGAUGGCAGGAUUGGGUGUCAGGGACCAGGUUGAAGAAGUUCGUGGCCAGGGAAUAGGUAAGGAGCUCUACAUUCUUCAUAAUGAACUAGUCCUUGAGGU